AUUUCGAGUUAGGUGAUAUCACCCAUUCAUUGUAUAUUGUUAUAAAUGUUAUAAGUUCUCUUUAUCCGUGAGGUUAUUAAAAUCUCAAGUUAAACUUUGAAAAAUCACAUGAGUCAUGUCGUAAAACAAAUCGCGAAGAUAUAUGCCGAUAUGUUGAGAGAAAAUACUUAGACUCUCAAAAUAAACUAUGGCUUUUACCUUUAUGAACUUUGUUAGCGGCAAACCUGUAAGGACCGUUAAUUACCUACCUACACCACAGUCUGCCUGUAAAAUAGCCUCGGGAUAUAGACGUCAUGUUCCUAGAACGGAGACACAAAGGAUUGUUAUACAUACAUGCUAAGGAAGGAGGACAACACGAGAAGGAAAACUAUAAUUCUAAAGUUGGAAACAUGACGCAAUUCGUUGGAGCAUUGUUGUUGGCGGUUCUUACAGGCACCGUAUCUGUGGUGUCCGGCUUCAUCAACUGUUACACGUGUUCAUACACGAUAACUGCCGCACCCUGGAUCACCUUUGAAUGCGCCAAUGACACAGAUCACGUGACAACAGGAUCCCCAAAGGUGCAAUGUGACGACUCGUUGCAUUGCGUCACAAAGGUGGUUUACAACGCAGAUCUUACACAAAUAAAAUCGGUCACACGAGGAUGCUUUGUACCAGACCCCUUCAAGUGCGGUGUGAAUUGUUGUGACCAGAGUAUAUAUGACGUUUCUUGCCAGUACCAAUGUCGUUCUGAUAGCUGUAACAACAGGGAUGUCACCGCCAAACUGAAGCGACAGACCGGUACGGCUUCCUCUACCAGUCCAACUGUCACCAUGACAUGCGCUCUGAUGUUUUGUUACUUUAUUUUAUAUAUUUUUGUUGGCAUUAAAUAAAUACCUUGUAAAACAA